UUAUCUUUAGUCUUUACCCCAUCGAACACUGCUUUGAAUUCUUCCUCCUACUCGUAUUCUUGACUUUUGACUCUUGGCAUCCUCUCUCUCUCUCCUGUGAACUUCUUCUCUUGCCUUUACCAUUGGCUUCCUCUCUCUCUCUCUCUCUCUCUCUCUCUCUCAGAGUGUGCAGAGAUGAGAGCUCAAACUGCGUGUCUUGUCUCUCUGUCCUUAGCCCUUCAUCUCCUCCUUGUCUCUAAUGUCCAUUCCUCCAACUCCGAAGGGGAUGCGUUGCAGGCGAUGAGAUUGAGACUCGAGGAUCCAAGGAAUGUGAUGCAGAGUUGGGAUCCGACACUCGUGAACCCAUGCACUUGGUUUCACGUCACCUGCGAUUCCUCCAACCAUGUCAUCCGCCUAGACUUGGGCAACUCCAACAUUUCUGGUACUUUGGGACCUGAGCUUGCCCACCUCCACCACCUUCAGUACUUGGAGUUAUAUGAUAACGAAAUCAAGGGGGAGAUACCGCAUGAGCUUGGGGAAUUGGCGAAGUUGGUGAGCUUGGAUUUGUACGGAAACCAUCUCCAUGGCCAGAUCCCCAAGUCCUUUGCCCACUUGAAGUCCCUCAAGUUCUUGAGGUUGAACGACAACAACCUAACCGGACCGAUCCCGAGAGAGCUCACCUCUCUCACCAAUCUCGGCGUCUUCGACGUUUCUAACAACGAUCUUUGCGGUACGAUUCCCGUCGAUGGACCCUUUUCGAGUUUCACACCAGAGAGCUUCGAGAACAACAAAUUGAAUGGACCGGAGCUUAAAGGACUAGUGCCGUACGAUUUCGGAUGUUGAAUAAAUCAACCAUUUGAAUCCGAGCCUGGGAUCUUUGUUUCGUAGAUUCUCUGCAUGUUUCUUUUUUUAAUAUAUUAAGUUAUUCGUAUGGUAAUUUUGGUUUAUCUUAACCAAUGCAAUCAAUCCACGGUUCCAAUUUUAUCCGGUUAUCAAAUCCAAAUGAAUACUUUUUUUUUGUUUA